AUGACUAUCACUGUCGAGACCACGAAGAGCUCAUCGGAAUCUGCUUCACUUCAAUUCCAAAUAUCUGAGGAUUCGACCACCAUUGCCAUGGGGGACUUUGAUUAUCAGUACCGCAUACCAAAUAUCAAAUAUCCGUACAUCAAGAGAGGGUGGUUGCUAAAUCAAAUGGCUGGUGCCUUUGGGAUUUUUGCGAGCAAAGGCUUCAAUGAAGGUCCGGCAAGCCAUUAUCUGUUAGGGAUCCGAUCGAGCCAAAAACGUUUUGGAUAA